AUGUCUAAUCUGAGCCCAUCAACUAAAAGAACUUUAAAAACUUUGACUUUAGCUGAAAAAGUUGCUUUGAUUAGAGAAGUUCAAAAAGGGGCGAAGAAAAAGUCGGAAAUUGCUGCUGAUUUCGGAAUUCGUCGGAAUACUCUUUCCACUUAUCUGAAAAACAAGGAUAAAAUUAUUCAAGAAUAUUCGAGUUCUCAGACGAAUCAGAGUAGAAAAAGAUGCCGAGAUGCAACGAAUGAGGAAUUAGAUGGAUGUGUAACGAAGUGGUUUAAACAAGCUCGUGAUAAGAAGAUCCCCGUCAGUGCACAAACAAUUACAAAUGGAUUUGGAAAAGCAGGAUUUCCUGUUGGGAAGGAGAAUGUCGUCAUCGCCGAAGAAAGCCUACUUGAAGAACCGAAGUUAGACGAGGAGUACGUGAGGAUCGACGAAGAGGGAGCUAAUUGCGGCGAGCUUGCGGAUUCCGAGAUUUUAGAAGAGGUCAAGGCGAAAAUGGCUCCGCAGUUACCCGAUGAAGAAGAAGAAUAUCAAGAGCCCUUUCCAGUAGUCCUAACCCCCAGUGAAGCUUUGGAAUGUCUUGCAAAAUUUAGGGUGUUUGCUGAAUCACGCCUAGAUGCGAAUGAAGAAAUUUUUGUAGCCCUCUGCAAGCUCAAUAAAUUUGCAACGAAAGAGAAAGUUGCCAUGCGUUUAUGUGGUGAUUAUAAAGUUACUUUAAAUAAAAACAUAGAAGUUGAUCGUUAUCCCCUUCCACGAACGGAGGAAUUACUGGAAACUAUAGGGGAGGCUCAAUAUUUCACUAAACUCGAUCUAUCAGAAGCAUAUCAGCAAGUACCUUUAUCAAAAGAAUCACAAAAACUUGUAGUAAUAAGUACUCAUUUAGGAUUAUUUAAAUAUACAAGAUUGCCAUAUGGUGUUUCUACAGCUCCGGGAUCUUUUCGGCGUAUCAUGGCAACUUUGCUUUUAGGCAUACCGGGGCUCGUAGUAUUUCUCGACGAUAUAUAUAUAUCAGCUAAAGACAGCAAAGCACAUAUGUAUCGAUUGCAUCAAGUAUUAAAGCGUUUAGAGGAUGCAGAUUUAAGGUUAAAAUUUAAAAAAUGUAAAUUUUUUCAAACACAAGUAGAAUAUAUAGGAUAUAAGAUAAACAAACAGGGAAUUCAGCCGAUUAGAGAACAAUUAAGAAGCGUUUUAAAGGCUCCUCCACCAAAAAACAUUACUCAAUUGCGUAGUUUCCUGGAGGGAGUGAAUCAUUAUGGUCGAUUCAUACAAAAUUUAGCGCAUAAACUCCGACCAUUAUUUGAUUGUUUGGAAAAAGAUAAGUUCUAUUGGUCGAAAAAUUGUUCAACAGCUUUUGAAAACAUAAAAAAAGAAUUGACUUCAAAUAAAAUCUUAGUUCAAUUUGAUCCUACGAAGAAAAUUGUUUUAACAACAGAUGCAUCGCCGUACGGAAUUAGUGCAAUUUUGUCACAUAUAGACGAAAAUAACUUAGAUCGACCAGUUUGUUAUGCGAGUCGUACGCUUACACCAGCAGAAAAAAAUUAUGCACACAUAGAAAAAGAAGAAGUAGACAUUGCGAGUAUUGACUGGAAAGUAGUGCAGAAAGAAACACAAAAUGACGGGGUACUAAAUAAAGUUAUUAGAUCUUGCCUCGAUGGUUGGCCAGAAAAGCAAUCCGAUGGUGAGUUUCCCACGUCGUAUUGGACAAAAAAAGAUGCCCUAACAGUUGACAAUAAAUGCCUUUUUUGGGGCCAUAGGAUAGUAAUACCUGAAAAACUGAGACCUUUGAUUCUGCGCGAGUUGCAUUCCAGCCAUUUCGGGGGUAGUCGAAUGAAAUCAUUAGCAAGAUCUUUUGUUUGGUGGCCAAAUAUUGAUGUUGAUAUUGAAAAAUUAGUAAAGGCAUGCGAUUCUUGUUUACAAACCAGAAAAAUUCCUCCAAAAAUUCCAUUAACACCUUGGCAGUGGCCAAUUACUCCUUGGCACAGAUUACAUGCAGAUUUCUUGGGUCCUUUUUUAGGAAAAAUAAUUUUACUCAUGAUCGAUAGUCAUACUAAAUGGCCUGAAGCAUUUAUUGUACCAAAUAUGGAAGAGAAUACAACCAUCGAAAAAAUUUAA